AUGAUGCCAACACACGUCUACGGGCACCACCAGCUGUACCCCCAUGGGGAUGCCCCCUGGUUGCAAACCACGCAGCAACAUCAGGCUGCGGCUGUUUCUGCAGCCCAGCAACAGCACUACAGUCGGAUUCCCACUAUGCACAACUCAUUGGGCGGGCUAUCUGCAUCCCAUGGUCACGAUACCGGUCAUGAGCCGUUGAUCUCGGAAGAUAAUCGAAGGACAAUGGCUUAUAUCGCGGAUCUGCUCAAUGAGAAUACAAGGGAGGCCGCCCUCCUUGAGCUAAGCAAGAAGCGGGAACAGGUGCCCGAACUUGCGCUUAUUCUAUGGCAUUCCUUCGGAGUGAUGACAUCUUUGCUACAGGAAAUUAUUUCUGUCUACACGCUUCUCAACCCGUCUCAGCUCACCGCCGCUGCUUCAAACCGUGUUUGUAACGCCUUGGCUCUUCUUCAAUGUGUUGCCUCACACAACGAGACCCGCACCCUUUUCCUCAACGCUCAUAUCCCCCUCUUUCUGUAUCCUUUCUUGAACACGACAUCAAAAUCAAGGCCCUUCGAAUACCUUCGAUUAACCUCUCUGGGUGUCAUUGGGGCCCUCGUCAAAAAUGACUCCACAGAAGUCAUUAAUUUCCUUCUCACGACGGAAAUAAUCCCCCUUUGUCUCCGUAUCAUGGAGACGGGUUCGGAACUCAGCAAGACUGUGGCUAUUUUCAUUGUCCAGAAGAUUCUACUCGACGACAAUGGCCUCAACUACAUAUGCGCAACAUACGAACGUUUUUACGCCGUUGGCACCGUCUUGAGCAACAUGGUCAACCAACUUGUUGAGCAGCAAACCGCGCGACUUCUGAAGCAUGUCGUCCGCUGUUUUCUUCGACUGAGUGAUAAUGCUCGAGCACGAGAGGCUCUCAGACAAUGUCUCCCAGAACCCCUUCGGGAUGCGACAUUCUCGUCGGUUCUCCGAGAUGACGCCGCGACGAAAAGGUGCCUUGCGCAGCUUCUUAUCAACCUUUCGGACAAUGUCGUUGAUCAUGGUAGUGGGAAUCACCCGGGCCUCUAG